AUGUCGCAAGAUACUGGUCUUUUCAGUAUCAAGCGCCCCCGAGAAACUCUUGGGAGUGUGCAGAACUUCUCCGCUAUUCCACAGCCCGCGUCGGCGAUGAAGCGCACCAGCUCUAUCGGAUUCAACAACCCCCCGUUCUCCUCUCAGCACCACCGAGCCUCAUUAAUGGGGCCGACAGGGCGUCCUCAGCAACCCAACUUUACGCGAAUGUCAAUUGGGGGUCCACUCGGCGCAGAUGCUGGACUAUCGUCUGUUCGACGAUCUGUGUCGAGUAACAUGUUCAAUGGAGCCAGCACGGGUCGGCAGAGCUAUGCACCGGGCUCUAUGUCGUCCAACCCAGCGCCGGUGAACGUACAGCGCAGAAGUAGCGUGUUUUCUCGGCCAUCCUCUGGAGGAGGUCCCAUGGGACAUCAAUCCUUCUUCACCCAAGUUCCCACUGUUGCGGGUGUCCCCAGAGAUCCACGUCCGCUCAGAGACCGAUCAUUCCAAGCUAGGAUUGGGCAGGAACUUCUGGAAUAUUUGACUGUGAAUGGAUUCGAGUUGGAGAUGAAGCAUACUUUGGGACAGAACACAUUGCGCUCACCCACCCAAAAGGAUUUCAACUACAUCUUCCAGUGGUUGUACCACCGAAUCGAUCCAGGUCACAAGUUCCAAAAGGCAAUGGACGCGGAAGUGCCUCCAAUUUUGAAACAGCUACGAUACCCCUAUGAGAAAGGCAUUACGAAGUCACAAAUCGCGGCCGUCGGCGGCCAAAACUGGUCCACGUUCCUCGGUAUGCUACAUUGGUUGAUGCAAUUGGCGCAAAUGAUGGAUCGUUACCAAAGUGGCGACUUUGACGACGCCUGCGCUGAGGUGGGUGUGGAUGUUACAGGUGAUCGCAUCAUCUUCCGCUUCCUGACUCAAGCCUAUCACGACUGGCUUCAAGGUGGUGAAGAUGAGGACGACGAUACUGCCGAGAAACGAUUGGUUCCACACGUCGAAAACAUGUCUCGAGAGUUCGCAUACGGCAAUGAGCGUUAUGUGCAGGAGAUGGAGGCACUAGAAGCAGAAAAUCGGGCCCUUCGAGAGCAGAUGGAAGAAGUGGAAAAGAGCGCCCCUGAUAUCGCUAAAUUGGAUAAGCACUUCCGUAUCCUCGAAGACGACAAGCGGAAGUUCGAGGACUACAACCAGAACGUCAAAGGAAAGAUCGAGAAGUAUGAGACUCGCAUCAAGUUCCUAGACGCCGAGAUUCAAAAAACCGACACCGACCUUAAUGCGACUGAGUCUGAGCGCUCCGAGCUUCAAGCAAGUGUUGACCGCCAGGGUAUCACUAUUCAAGACAUCGAUCGCAUGAACUCAGAACGAGAGCGUCUGCAGAAGAACCUGGAAGACACCGUGGCUCGUCUAGAGGAGACCCAUGCUCGUGUCAUGGAAAAAGAAGCGGAGGCCAGUCAGAAGCUGGAAGACUUGGAACAAAUCGUGAAAGCCUAUAAUACUCUCGGUUACCAAACUAGCUUGAUUCCUGCGGCGGCCGAGAAUGCCAGGGGCCAGGACUUUGAACUUGGUCUGAACAUUAACGAGAACAACUUCUCCGCUAGCCAAGUUGGAGGUCCCCCAAGUCGCAUUUCUCCCGAAGGAGAUCGCCUAUUGGCGGAACCUUUCACUGGGUACCACCCAGCGCACUUGCUCAGCCUGGACCUUCGGGGAUCCGUCCGAAAUAGCUUACAGUCUCUCCGAAAAGAGAUUAAUGAGAGGCGCAAGCAGGGGAUUGAUGAUGAUCUUGACCGGCGCAAUCUACUUGACAAUAUCAAGGAGGCAAUGGACGAGAAGCGAAGUGAGGUCGAGGCCCUGGAGCAUCGGCGCCGAGCCGCGGAGGAAGAAUUUGAACGCACGAAAGAAAUCACCACUACUCAGAAAACAGCUUCUGAUGCACAAAUUGAGAAGAUGGAGAAAGAGCUAGCCAAGAUGCGUGCGACACUCAGUGACAGUGUACAAUUGAUGGAGCAGCGUGAGAUGAACACAAACAUCGAAUGGGAGCAGCUGACUCUCCGGGCCAAUGCUCUCCGGGAAGAAUUGCACACUAAUGUCGAGACCAUGUUGAAUGAUGUGAUCCGCUUCAAAGUACAUGUGCAGAAGGGGCUCGAAGACUACGAAAGCUUUGUUGUUGACGAAGUGGAACAGGAGCUUGGUGGCGAAGAGAUGGAAGAGGAGCUAUGA